AUGUAUCGCAAGGUUAAUGAUGACGUCUGCUUGGUAAAGGGGAACAAUCAUCAGUUUGCUUUUAGUAUCAUGCUGACCUGUGCGAGGUUUGGAAGUAAAAGCGUUUUUAUUCCACUGUCAACAGCAUACCAGGUGAAGAUUUAAGUAUGAUUAAUUUUUUCAAGAACAAAUGAACGAAAGACGUGAUGUGACUUACAUAAUCAGAAAUUCACCCUCGUCUGAAAGACUUAUUCUUCAUUAUAGUUCUUUUCCCGAAAGGUAGCUAGAGAUGUUUCGUUUUUCAGAGCUUGUUUUGAAAAUAUCUACGAGAUUAGAGUCUUUCUUGUCGAUUUUUAUUUAACACUUUAAAUCGUUUCGUUACACGUGCGAUCAUUAGAUCUUAAAAAAUCUUCGUCCAAAUUAUUGAUAGGUUUUGAUCGUAGGGUACCGUGCUAAAAUUUAAUCGUGGAUCUGAGAAAAGUUUAGACCUGCAUACAAAAAAAGCUUUGGUGCAUCAGCAGUGUUAUCAGACAGUUGGCUGUAAUCAGACACCUGUAAUCAGACAGUUGAAGCAGCCAAUCAUUCUAAGUACACUCAGCUAAAUCCACCAAUCACAGAAUUGAUCACAAUAACCAUAGCAACAACCACUUACCCAAAAAAAAACUGGAAUAUUUCCAAAUUUUUUGCUUUAGACAUUGUCCCAACUUGAGAUGUUGGUCCUUAAUUUAUCUUUUUUCGGAAAUUGUAAUGGUUAUGAUUAAUUGGUAACAUGACUUCAUGUCAUCCAAUUCUGUCUGUAAUCAUACAAGUGAUUGACAAAUUGGACUCCCCUUCACUGUUGUAAUCACUUAUAUGAUUACUAACCCUAAGCAAUGGACUCCACCUGGUCCUGUUACCAUUAUUAACUAUCAUAACAUCUUCUCACCAUUGAAACAUUUGUCACAUUUGUGGAAAGUAUUGUGUUUUGGGUGUCCCCCCCUUCCCCUUCCCUGCUCCAUUCACCGCUUGCAACAGCAUGUUUUUGCAUCAAGAUUUGUCCUUCAAAGAAUAAUAAACCCUCUAAAUUGGAGAUAGUGGCUACUAAGGUUGUUGGAUGAGGAGGGUUAAAUAUGAUAGUUUGCUCUAUAGAUCCUCAAAGACACAAGUGUAGACUUGUUCAAAAAGUGCAAUUAACGUAGACUGUAUGUGUUUUAGGUUGUAGGAAAACGCUCUCUUCAUCGAGAGCCCUUGCAUCCAGAAUGGGCUGAACUGGCAAAGAAGCAGUUAAAAGGUGCUGAUCCAGAAAAAAAGUUGACAUGGCAUACUCCUGAGGUAAUUGGUUCAGCAAUAACCAGCAAUAACCAGCAAUAAUAGUUAGAGUAACUGUUGUGGUUUAAAAACUUUUUUAAGAACAACCUUUGGUGUAAACAAUUAAAAAAUUUUGAGCUGUUUAAUCAUCUUAGCAAGAGAUUGUUCUUAAAAACUUUUUUUUUCUAUGUUUUAUCCUGGUUGUGGCCCUUUAAUAUUUUCAUUUAUGGUUAUGUCUUUUUAAUGACAAACAACAAACAAGAUAGACUUACUAAAGUCAACAAAGCAAGUGCCGACUGGGUUGUGCAGAUAAUUAGUAGUAGGUUGUCUUUUACUAAGGCUUGCAAUAAACAAUGCUUUUUCCAUGAUUCAUGAAAAAUAAUGGUGAAACUACUGAUUAAUGAGAUAUUUACCACCUUACACAGGGUAUUGAUAUCAAACCUGUGUAUACUAAAACAGACACACAGCACUCUGAGGAAGAAAUACCUGGAAAUUUUCCAUUUACCAGGGGACCAUACCCUACCAUGUACACUAACCGGCCAUGGACCAUCAGACAGGUAUGUUAAUUGAAGACCUCACAGAAGAUGAAAGAUGGUGAGAUGUAAGGUGUAAUUGUAAUUUAACCUUUACACCCUAACAUCAAUAUGCAUAUUCUCCAUACUUUCUCUACACUUUUUUUAAGGUUCUGAAAAGGAGAAUUUGUUUAACAAUCAGGAGCUUAUUUAGUUGUUGAUCAUUUCCCUUAUUCUUAUGACCUUAGUGUUUUAUUCAGGUACAAUCUUGUAAGGAGAAAUUAGAUGCCAGUCACUCUUGGGGGUUAAAGGGUUAAGUGAGUCAGACUCUGACAGCUGCCAGAGCUUACCUCAGUUUCUGUAAUAAUGAGACAAAAUGGAGUAUUACUCCUUCUUCUGCUCAUUUUCUCUCCUUGAUGAAGAGAGGUACUGUAAUGGUAAGAUAUAAAACUGUGACUUCCAUCUGGGCACAAACCUGGACCUUUUGAUUUUGGGUCUCUAACUGAAUAUAAUACAUCUAAUCAACCUUAGGCUUGUAACUGCAAGGAUCUGAUUAUUAAUUCUCCCCAAUAGCUGCAACACAUGUCCUUGUAAAUUAGCUGCAAGAAUUUGGUGUUAGAUUAAGAAAACAACUUCUACCUGAUACAUUUGAGUAUUCUCAUUACCUGUUUGCUGGAUAGUGGAUGAAUAUUGUAGGGAGAAGUUACAUUUGAAUCACUUCUGGGAGUUAAAGGGUUAACUUGCACCAAGAGGUCACCACAUCUCUUGAAGAGUAGUAUUGUUACUGGGAAUAGUGGAAAUAUAGUCCAUUAAUUUAUCAGUUGACUCAAAAUGACCCUUGUAGCAGUCCUACUUAGGCUGUGGAUCAAGGGAGAUGUAAGGGGCUACACAAGCUUUGCUUGGCCAUUACACCCUAACUUCAGCAUGCAUAUUCUUCAUACUGUUCGCUAUACAUUUCCCAGGGUGCUGGCAAGGAGAAUUUGUUUAACAAUCAAGAGGUUCUUGAGUUAGUGAUCAUUUCUUUGAUUCUUGCAACUUUGAUGUUUGAUUCUGGUGUGAUUUUGUAAGGAGAAAUUACAUGCUAGUCACACUUAGGGGUUAAAGUUUUCAGAUACAAUAAAGACAAUUUCUAAAUUGAAGUUGUGAGAAUAUCACAAUUUCUUCUUUCUGUAUCUGUUUACCAUAAAAAAUGAAACCUCAAAUAUUGGGAUUGAAAUUGUUAUUUUAGAAGAUAGAUAGUGUUCCUCUAAAAUUCUCAGAGAUCAAUGCGUGUAUCUGGAAAGGUCAAAUACAAGUCAGUGUUUUCAAAAAGAAAUCCCUGAGUAGAUUGUCUUUGAUUUCCACCACCAAGUACCCUGCUAAUCCUGAGGUUGAGAUCCCUAUAAUUAGAUCUUAUCAGAUCUGGCCAGCACAAUUUUUUUUAUUUCACUUUAUUUAUUUAACUGGGAAAACUUCUUUCAUCAAUCAUGUUGGCCAGCCCAGUCUACUCUUGGGGAGGUAAGUGAAAUAAAGAGCAUGAUAUGUGAAUUAGCCCAGCUGAUAGUUAAUUAAAGCCAAUUAUUUUAAAGAAAUUCCUUUAUUGUUUGCAGUAUGCAGGUUUUAGUACUGUUGAGGAAAGUAACAAGUUUUACCGUGACAAUAUAAAGGCUGGACAGCAGGGACUUAGCGUUGCAUUUGAUCUUGCUACGCAUAGAGGGUGAGCAAAUUGUAUCUAUAGAUAAAUGAAUGAAGACACUUAAUGGUAUAUAGAUGUAAUUCAGUCACAUUAUUGCCUGGAGUGUAUCAAAUUACAUGUAGAGUAUGUCAAUUUACUCCUCAAUGAAACUUUUGUUAUGGAGAAAACCAGUCCAGAAAACCCAUCAGAGAAAGGAGCAUGUACAGUAACUGGAACAAUGAGGAAUGUGAAACAGCGAUUUUAAAAGAGAAAACAUGUCACAAAGACUUGGAAGUUUUAGUAGUGAUUUAUUAAUGACUCUAUCUGAAGCAUUAAUAAAGGGAGAUUACAUGUUUUCCUAUAUUUUGGGUAUAAAACAGUUGCAAAUUAAAGAACUAAGACAUGAUCAAAUGCUAAAGACUUGUAUCUGUCCAAGUUUGUCUGCAAAAUGGCACUUAAAACUGAAAACUGGCUAAAGGCAGAUCUGGCACAAUAUUGGCACUGAGAAAUUCAGGAGUAAAUCAUUGUCUCUUGUGCAUAACAUGAAACUUUAAAGCAAAUGUAAUUAAAUUUUGUUACACGUGGUCUUGCACCUCUUAAGGUUAGCAUUUGACCCAGGUCUCUCUCUGUAAACAAAACAUUAAGUAAUGGUAAUACGACUGAGUGGAGCCCAAUUUAGUCUGUAAUCAUACAAGUGAUAGCAAAAUUGGACAACCAAGCAGCAGAAGUCUGAUUUGUUAUCAGGAGUAUAAUUACAGACUAAAUUGGAAUCCACAAAGUCUUAUUACCAUUUAAUCAACAUAAAAAUUACAAUUUCUGAGAAAAGAAGAGAAGCCCCAAUUUAGGAGUCUGUACACUGUUUCUAUGGUGAUUGAAAACAUAAUUAUGAGUUGUUGAUUUAAACUACAAUUUUAAAUGUGAUUGGUUGAUUUAAACAACAACUUGUGGUGGCAAGUUAUUUAAAGGAAAAAGUUUUAAAAACCAAUCACAAUCGAGGAAUUUGGAACUUUUCUGAUUACAUCUCGAUAUUUAUCUUAGUUAUGAUUCAGACAACCCAAGGGUUCUUGGUGAUGUUGGAAUGGCUGGAGUUGCAGUGGAUUUAGUAGAAGACAUGAAGGUAUAUAUUGACUUAUUCAAAUAUGAUGUUUGCAUUUUCAUUGCCACUCAGAUCAUGUUGUGAUUCUCUGGUGUGCCACAAUUGAACACUUUGUGACAAGCAGUGGCAUGCUCGGCAGUAUAUUCAAGGUGAACAAUUCCAAACCCCAAAAUAAAUCAUUGCAUGAUGUGAAUUGAUCAGCAACAAUGAUGUAGAUGCAUUGGCAGAAUCCAUCAAUUUUAAGGUGGCAUCUUGAGGAAGGAGGCAGAUUCAAAACAUUGUGAAAACAAAUAUCAUUAACAUUUUAAGAAAUGAUUGCAAAUACAAAUGUAAGCAAAUUUAUCAGUAAACAAAAGUAUUGAUUGUUUGUUAGAUGCUAUUUGACGAUAUACCUUUGGAUAAGAUGUCAGUUUCCAUGACAAUGAAUGGUGCUGUUUUACCAGUGUUGGCAAUGUAUAUUGUGGCAGCAGAGGAACAAGUAAGUAUUAUGACAUCUUGUAUACAGUGUUAAGUGUCAUAGUGUCACUGAUCAAGCUUGGAAUCCAAAGGCUUGGGUGUUGGCUAAGUUCUUUUUUGUGUUAUUAUGGAUGGGGGAUAAAGUUGAAGUUAAUAAAUUUCCACAUCAUGAGACAGGUCAACAUGGGGCCACUAUAGCCAAACAAGCUAAUUCAUUAAAGCAUUUCGUCACAGUAUACAGUAAAGGGAUAACGCCAUCAAAGUUAUGGACAAGUUCCAGGAACAUGUUCUCAUUGUUGCUUUCUUUGAUUUGACUCUCAAAGGAUGUGUGAGUGACUUUGUUAAUUGGUGUCAAAACUUCUUGAAAACUUUUUCUUGGAACAUUAUCAAGUUACCUUGAGGUAAUAGAGAGUUUAAACCAGCCACAAGCUCUUUUGUCAUGUUUGCAAGAUUGAAGCAGGUUAUCUCCGGUGGGUAAGACUGGCCCAUUUUGCCAGCAGGGUUAUUCAAUUAGAACAUGAGAUUGGUCUCGCAUUGCAUGCUUGUAGAGCUAGUAGAAUAAUUAAGACCUGUACAUUGUAUAUACAUGAAUCGUCACAAGGUUACUCCAAAUUUCCUCAAGGAAAAUAUUUUAAGGGAAAUUGCCAUCAGCCAACUUUAAGUUCAAAGUUCACAGCGUAAAAUAGAGUUAGUUAUGAUGAAUGAGAUCUUUUAGAAGUAGAAGUUUGUUAUGUUUGCGACUUGACUUUUAGGGAGUAAAACAAGAGCAGCUUUCAGGAACCAUUCAGAAUGAUAUCUUAAAAGAAUUUAUGGUGCGCAAUACUUACAUCUUUCCUCCUGAACCAUCCAUGAAGAUCAUUGGGGAUAUCUUCUCUUACACAUCACAGGUACAUAGUACAUGCAGGUGUAAAAUGUCUAUCUUUCAGCUUAAUGAAUGAUUAAUGAUGGGAGUCAAUUAAAGUAGAUAACAUCAGUCUCCUAUCCCAAGGGGAAGAGUAGAAUGAUAAUCACCAGAUGUCAUACGUUGCCUUGCUUGGUACUGGUAAUACUAUUUAGGUUAAAUUGACUGUCACCAUAGCCAUCCUGAUACUUUUUUUCAAAUUUUUUUCCAAUACUUCUUUUUUUGACAGAAUAUGCCAAAGUAUAACAGUAUUUCCAUCUCUGGCUACCACAUGCAAGAAGCUGGAGCAGAUGCUGUGUUGGAAAUGGCUUUCACUCUAGCUGAUGGCCUGGAGUACUGCAGAACAGGUAAGGGAAGAACACUGGUAGAGUAAAGUACAGAGAGAGAAGUCAUGUACUUUGUAUAGUGAUGGAAGCUCUUUUUAAUUUUUUCAUGCUGAUUAAAGGUGUGUCUGUAGGGAUCAUCUAAAGACUUUGAAGUAUUACAUAAUAAUAACAAUGAAGAGCAAGAGAAUGGUGUUUUAGGGUUGAAGCUAGUUGUUUUCUCGUGGAAUAGUUUUAUUGUCUUACAUAAAGUUACAAAACCAGUGGCCCAUCACUCUUCUGACUUGCCAUCUUCUUUCAGGACUCAAAGCUGGACUGAACAUUGACAGUUUCGCACCCCGUCUGUCCUUCUUCUGGGGAAUUGGAAUGAAUUUCUACAUGGAAAUAGCAAAGAUGAGAGCUGCCCGUAGACUGUGGGCUCGUCAGAUUGAGGAAAAUUUCAAACCAAAGAAUAUGAAGUCCUGCAUGUUGAGGACUCAUUCCCAGACUUCUGGCUGGUCUCUCACUGAGCAGGUAGUGAAUUUCUCUGCACAUUUUUUUCCCUGAAAAAAGUGGUUGUUAGUUAUAAAAAUGACUGCUAUCUCAAGGGCAAAACACAGUAACUCAAUUUCAUUGGUCAUGAUUUAGUUAUCAAUUCCAUUAGCGUAGCGUCUUAAUUUUUGUUGUACUUUUUUAGUUGUUUUUAGCAAGGUAACAGACACCUCAAAUGAAAGAUUCAGAGCAAGAACCAGUCAAUAGAGUUUUUUCUCAUUUUUUCUGCAAAAUGAUGUCAGAAUCAUGCAACAAAAUUCUUAACAAAUUCCUUUCGAUUUUGUAGAGAAACAUUUUCUCCUAAAGGUUGAACGUUUUGUUUACAAACGCCUUUUUGUCUUCGAGAAAUAAAUUCCAUUUAGACAAAAAAAUAUGAGGUUUUCUCGCCGCGUUCUCCACAUACUUGUUAUAGGAUCAGGGAAAAUAGAAACCUGCAGUUGCCAAAUUUGUCAUGAACUAGUGUACGGGUAAUUUUUCUCCACAAAUGCAGUUUCUCAAGCUAUUCACAAGUUAAAAUUGAUAUGAUGUAAUGGACCUCAAUUGAGAUGUAGUAUAUGCAAGACUGUGUUUAUUAUUUUUGUCUACAAUUAGGAUCCAUACAACAACAUUAUCAGGACAACAAUUGAGGCGAUGGCAGCUGUUUUUGGUGGAACCCAGUCCUUGCAUACCAACUCGUUCGACGAGGCCUUGGCACUACCCACGCCUUUCAGUGCCAGGAUUGCUCGUAACACACAGAUCAUUCUUCAAGAGGAGUCUGGCAUUCCUAAUGUAAUCCUCGAUUGAUUUUCAAUUUAAAUCAAGAAUUGUCCUCACUGAUUUCUUUUGAACUUUUUCUAACUCAGAUGUAAAGAUAAAGAAAUGUGACAUCGUUACUCACGUGAAUUUUUUUUUCCCUUAGGUUGCAGACCCAUGGGGUGGAUCGCAUAUGAUGGAGUGUCUCACAGACGAGAUAUACGAAAAAGGCCUGGCUGUUAUUAACGAGGUUAGUAAUUUAAGACCAAUGCCAGAAAGAAACGGUAGUAGUCAUUGGAUGCGUAAAGCGUGUGCGGGGCUGAACGUGAAUAUGUGAAUAGGGUGGUAAGGAACUUUACUUGUGAAUAGCGCGGGAAAACUGUGACUUGUGGAAAGCUGUAGAGAAAUAGCGUGGGAAAAAGGGAGAAGGAAACAGCAUAGCUUUUAGCAAAUGGAGGAAAAAGUCCAGGCUUGAGCGAGAAUAGUGGCUUUUAUCAAUCGUGAAAAAAAGUGGCUUUUGGCAACUGUGAGAGAAAGUGGUUUUCGGCAAGUGGGACGAAAAAGUGUAGUUAUAAUCAUGGAACAUUAUAAUAUGAGGAAAAGCGGUGCGGUCAGAUAUACUAUGCUCGAAAAUUCUAGCAUUACGCUUUUGAGCGUCACCCCCUGAAAACAUAGCAUUAUCCUCAAAAUUAUGACUUUGAUUAUGAUUUUGUAUCAACCUCCAUUUAAAACUUCAAUUUAAGAGCGUUAAAGAGUCCUUCGAUCCCCCACCCCCCCCCCCCUCCCUAAAACUUACUAGGGCCUAACUGAAAUGUAGAACAAAACAUUUUAUUGGAAUUAAUUCUCAGGGCUAAACAUAUUGUUGGACUAAAUAAGUACUUAAGGUAAAAGGCAUUCAAUUUAUUGUAGACCUCCCCUAAAAAAGUUACAGAAAAGUACUAGAAACUGCGUUUGAGACGUAUAUGCUGAAAACGACCCUGAAAACUUCAUUGUGAAAGUACUUGGGACGUACUUUAACAGGUUUUUGCUGAAUAAUUUUUACCGGCUUAUUAUAUAGAUACCGAUGAGAUACCAGGAUUUUUCCUUUUACUAAAAAAUCAUUUCCUCAUCGCGCGCAGUGAAGAUACUACUUUUAUCUUUCACCUGUGAGGAUAUUGGUGUCGAUAUGGUUACUGCCAUGAUUAGCCAAUUAUAAGAGAGCUGACUAUGGCAUUAUGCCCGAAAUCAUGCAGGUUUAAUUAAUCUGAGCCUAAAAAACGGGAUGAAUUUUAGUUUGUGGUAGCGCUGUUAUAGCAAGAUGUAGCUGAUAUUAUGGUUACGGUUAAAUUGUACUCUCUGUGGAGUGAUAUAAGUUGAAGCUGUAGUUCCCAAAUGAAGCGUUUAAACAACAAUGAUUCUCUUCUCCGGUGGUUUUUUUCGGACCGUGUUAAUAAAAUAAGAAAGUUUACUGCUAGAAUUUGAUAAUCAGGUUGAAGAAAUGGGAGGUAUGGCUAAAGCUGUUGCUGCUGGAAUGCCGAAACUGAGAAUUGAGGAAUGUGCAGCCAAGCGACAAGCUAGGAUUGACUCGGGAUCAGGUAACUAUUGAACAUCUUGGAGGUCGAAUGUGCUGUUGUGGUUGCAUUCUGAAGAUUUGAAUUCAGGUAGAAAUAAUUGAUUCGUUGAUUCUGAGAAACUUUUCGCAAAAAAUGAUUUUCAAAUUGUCAAGAAUCCUUGACUUAUUAUAAUAUUCGGCUCUUUACUUAACGUUUUAUGGGCAUGGGUGAUGGGUAUAGACUCGUUAAAAAGGAACUGGAAAGCAGGAUAACUAAACAGAGUACAAUAUACCCCUUUAAACCGUUUUUUGUUUCCGUGUUAAGUCACCUACAUUGUCGAAUUUCGAAUGUGGUCAAAUCAGUUUCCUCUCCAAGUCUGGCAUGUCACCUAGUAGACAAGGGAGAUCAGCGAAGAGAAGGCUGUCUUUUUGUUUCCUCUACAGUUUAGGAAACCCAUCGAAGUACACAUGGUUGUCAGUCGUGACGCACCGAUGGAAAUUAUUGAUUGCAUGUUUCUCUAUACUUGUGGCUUUUACUCGCCUGUAGCACACGUAACUUUCUCCUGCACGUGCUGGUCUUAAUUACUCGCGUCCAGUUCAAUCGAUUGCCUGCCAUGCAGACUGAUUUCUCUAAAGCCAGUGACACACUUGGCAAUUUUAUACGCUGGGCGCGGCAAUCGGCGAAAAUCGCCACACGUGUGCCCAGUGCAGCGACUGCGAUUUUCGCCGAUGUCUGGCAUGUCAGAUAUCAGUAAUUUUCGCCGGCGAUCAAAUUCGCCGCGAUCGGUGAAUAAAAUCAGUUUUUCUCUCUUAGAAACUAUCGUCGGUGUUAAUAAAUACCGCUUGGCCAAAGAAGAAGAAAUAGACGUGCUUGUUGUGGAUAACACCAAAGUGCGAGAAAGCCAGGUAACUGUCAAGACUAAUUUUUUACCUUAAAUUUUCUCAAAAUAUGAACCAAUUCCUUUGCAUAAUUUUGUUCUGGAUCAGAGGGUUUCCCCAAAGCGUGAACGUUUUCAAGAAGAAGUCUAAGAGAGUUGAGCGGGAGCGUUACUUUUCUUGAGAUCUUUCGCUUUUUCGGUUCGACAAACUUUGACUUGAAUGAUAGGGACUUUGAGGAAAAAAAAACACAACCGCGACAGCAACGAGAACGUAGCAAAACAAAAGAUUUAAUUUGCAGAACAAAAGCUCAGCACGUGCGUUUUGGAACUUUGUACAUUUCUUAACCUUCCAUGCAUAACAACAAAGUGAAAUCUUCAAAUUUAGCGCACACUCAGAAAGUAAACCCACCGAGCUACUGGCGAAAUUAUUGGUAGAAAUGGAAGUUUAUUUUAGGCGAAAUUUCCCCUACAUCUUAAACUCCCUAAUAAACUUUCGUGGUUUGAUCCAAUUUGAAAGGAAAGAAGGAAGGUACCUCAAUAUUUUUUAGGAAAGUUUGACAAAGUAACGUUUUAUUAAUCACAUUAUUUAAAAUGUGUACUUAUUUAUUUACAAAUUUUUUAUUAUACAGUUGAAAUUUUGUCUCAAUCGAGUUUCGAACAACUCGUUGUAGAAAUCUUUUUUUUGCUAUUCUUAAUUUGGUGCAUUUGCUUUCUCUCAGCUCGAGAAAAUUAAGCGAAUCAAGGAGACGCGAAAUCAAGACGAGGUGAAGAUUUGAAAUGUUUGUUUUUAGUAGUAACGGAACUCUCCCAAGAGAGCAGUCUCUACCUUAGUUGGAAAAUAGUCUGCCUACGAACCGAGCUCAAAAGUCGUGGUUUACUGCGGUUUCCUUAGAUAAAGCAGCUAAGAGUAUUGGCACUCCCACUGUACGGAAUGUCGGUCAAUUUUCUGGUGCCCUAAGUAGAGAAAGGCUUUGAGAGAGAAAGAGUGACCUGUCCAAGCUCCAGUAAGCAGAGUUCGAACCUAGUCUUUGUGACCCAAAAUUUCCCUUGCAAGCAACUAGGCCACAAAUUGUACGCAGGGCCAGAUUAAAUCUCCCCGCUUAUGUGAAAGAGUGGCAUCCAUUGUUAAAUUUUUAUUCGCUAACGUACAUCUAGUGUGGAAGUCCACCAAUAGGCCAGUUUACAGUUGUGUACUUAGUUGCAAAACCUUUGAUUUGGAGUGAGGCUGAAGGUGAUCUUGUUGUGAUAGACACAUAUCAUAACAAGGUCACCCUUAGCCUCACUCCUGUUCAAAGGCUUGGCAACCAAGUCCGUAACUGUAAAAUGGACUAUUCUAAACGUUUUACUUUGCAGAGUUGAGUAAACAAGUUCAUUGAAACUUGCUUUCUUUUCACCGCAGGUGAAUCUUGCUAUGAAUGCCAUAUCAGAAUGCUGCAAGACGGGUGAAGGGAAUCUUCUUGACCUUGCUGUUAAGGUAAGCUUUCAACGUUUCCUUUUCGGUGACCAGCUUAUGUAAAUGGCGAAUCUGUGUUACAAAGCACGCUGAUUACUAAAGAUUGGUUUAAUAUCAGACAAGAGCAACUGUAUCUUUGAGUUACAGAACAAGAACAUAUUUAAGAAACACAAACUGCGGCUUGUAAAAAUCUUUAGAGCUCAUACUCAUUUACAUUAGUUAUUUUAUUGGUGAAAGGUCUUCAUGGUUUUGAGAAAAUAAAACCCGACUAAAAUUUCAGCUGGAGCGGGAUUCGAACCCAUCCUGAAUGAUGUCAUACCGCGAUAUAGUUUGAAACCUUCUUCAAGGCUGAUUUUCUUUUGAGGUUUAAUGUUGACUGCUUUAAAUUGUGUAUAUCUGCGAUGAUCUUUCAUCUUUGAUUAUCUCUAUUUCGAAGUCAAAUACACGAUAGUAGGCGGACAGGCCCCCAUCAAUUUAUUUGCACUCGCAUUGAGCAACGCGAGUCGGCGCGAGGUCAACAAGGGAUCUAGCGUGGAUAACUAUUAGCGCCAGACCCUCGGCUAGCUUCUCCCCGACUUGUCUCAAUUCUUAUUGCGAACGGAGAAACGUGCGUGCUGCAGCGCUAUCAGGGACCUUCAGCAAACCACGACAGCGACGGCAAUAAGGACGUCGCAGAAAAAUUAGAAAAAACGAUGAAAUGGGCAGAACUUAUUCCUUAGUGUUGCUGUCCUGACUGCUUAAGGUCCUUAUAAAAAUAAGGGUCUAUCAGCAGGCUAAGUAAACGAUAUCUAUGUAUUUGCAAUUUUUACCCUGCCUAUAACUCGUGUUAUCUUUGACUGCAAGGCGGUUUGUAUUUCUUUGAGGUGUGUAUAAUUACAAAUGACGGAGGUAAAAGGUAAAAUGUUCUUGCCUUUUUUUCUUUGUUUUUGAAGGCAUCAAGGGUUCGUUGCACCGUGGGCGAGAUUACCGAGGCAAUGGAAAGAGUAAGUGAUGAAAAUGGAACUUAAUUAGUGCGUCUAUGCGCAUAAGUCCUCGGCCGGAGAACGCCAUUGAUUUCCCUCAGUUGCCAGACGAGUCAGUCAAGCUUCCUUCAUGUUCAGCCUCUGUUCCUUUUCUCCUUUUCAACGGUUAAGUUGUAGUUAUAUACCAUAAAUUUGGAGAACCCAAAUUUAACAAGUUUCAACGCCCAUGUAAGAGCGGAAUGGAAAUGUCACAAGAUUUAUAAAGUGCGAGUAGACACAGACAGACUUAUUUUCUUCCCGAUUUAAGGUUGUUGGAAGGCAUGUCGCCAGUGAUCGCAUGGUCAGCGGUGCCUACAAAACAGAGUUUGGCGAAUCUGAUGAAAUCAGCCAGUGUAUGAAGAAAGUUGAGGUGAGUUGCUAUCUUACAUGGCCUGAAAAUCGGAAAAAUUAAAGAAACAGUCACGAGCAGACUUUCAAGAAGUAGCCCUCUCAGUGUUCUAUGCUGUAUAAAUUAAGGAAGAUGAGAAAAACGUAAUGAGUUCCGUUGGGGAAUCAUACCUCAGAUCUUGCCUCUAAAGAGAAGUAUAUUCUAAGCUAGGUCUUUACCGGGCUCAUUGCGUGCGGUGACGUUGUAGCGAUAUGCCUUUCAUUCAGACUCCCAGUCUGCGAAUUGGACCUUUACCAAGUUGGAGAGAGAAGCGCCGUUAUCGUUGUCACCUUUCUCGAAAGCUUGUUAAAUUUCCGACUGUUUUAAUUAGAAUUUGGAGCACAUAUGUAGGCUACGCGUACGCUUAACUUACACUGUUAAAUUAAGGGCGUGAUUGCUAUUUCGUACCCAGACCUUUGUGGAACAGGAGGGCCGUCGACCCAGGAUCCUUGUGGCUAAAAUGGGUCAGGAUGGUCAUGAUAGAGGUGCAAAGGUUAUCGCUACUGGAUUCGCUGAUCUGGGAUUUGAUGUCGACAUUGGACCUCUCUUCCAGGUGAGUGGCCUUACUCCAAAAGCGUCAAGUAAUUCGAUAGUCCGCCCAGAAAGACUAGGUCAUGAAUUUUUCCUUAUAGGUGGGCGACCUCUUUGGGGCGAUGCCCUGGAAAGGAAUGCCUAAGUUGAGUGAAAAUGAUGUGUUUUGUGCAAAUUGCUCUUCUUCUCGUCAUAGACUCCUAAUGAAGUUGCUCAACAAGCCGUGGACGCGGAUGUGCAUGUGGUGGGGAUUAGUUCCCAGGCUGCUGGACACAAGACCCUGAUUCCUGAAUUAAUAUCUCAGAUGAAGUCGAUGGGAAGAGGGUAAGUUUGAGGGUUUUGUGGUAGGGGCAAGGGUGGAGGAAGGGAGGGGGUCAUCGUGAAAGUUUACCUUUUAGACAUGUUUGAACGCGUUUCGGGAAUACUUGAAGUCGAGGCUUUCACAACAGCCAAUCAAAAUGAGGAGGAUGUUGAAAGAGAACUCGAAUUGAUCCCGCUAAAUGUGAGGAAUCGUUUGCAAGAAAGUCGUCAUUUUUUGCAGUUUGGCGCAGAUUUUGGUCGAGCUUCUUGGGGGUAAAAAAAAAAACUUGGGCUGUUUCUGAUCAUUUGAAUGCUCAAACAAAGCUACUUCUUACCAUUUACACCAUAACAUCAAUAGUUAUUUUCUUGCCUCUGUUCUCUGUACGUUUCCUAUAGUAUUGACUAGUGUUUGACAGUCGGGAGCUUCUUAGACAGGUGAUCAUUUUCUCUAUUUUCACAACGUUCACAUUUGAUUUAAGGAUGAUCCUACAAGGAGAAAUUACAAGCCCGUCACUCUUAGGAUUGAAAGGUUUAAUUGAUAUCGUACCACUCAAACUGAGUAUAGUCACCAGCUGAUUAUCACGUUUUUUGUGUGUCUGUGUGUGCUGAUUUAUUUACAGCGAUAUCGUUGUUGUCUGCGGCGGUGUUAUUCCACCUCAAGACUAUCAGUUCCUUUAUGAUUCUGGAGUUCACUGCAUCUUCGGUCCCGGUGAGUGUAAGCGAUGGCGCAUGUGUGAGUUGAAAACUGCGCGGUGACGUUACGAGUUUCGCGUGAGAAAGAGAGAGAAAGCACCUUUGGUUUAAGUGUUCUAAAACCAAACCAAAGUAAUCACAGCAGUGAAUCAGAAAAAAUUGUUUAAACGCGGGAAAACGCGAGUAACCAAGUUGCGGUUGGUUUUUCUUUUGCAAUCAUUUGAGUGAGUGAGAAUGUGGUUUUGCAGACCAAUCAUGUAGCGAAUUAUAGCAUAACCAAUGCUAACCUGGAUAAUUUCCAAUACUCAAUUGAUAAUGGCUCGAUCACGUCACUCAUUUGAAAGCCUCCUGUGGUGUGGUGAUGUAGCAUGAAUGUAUUUUUUGGUCAAGUCCUUUUCCUUCCCCCAAUUUUCUCUAUUUUCUGUCCAAACUUAAGUUGCUCUUUAUUGUUCUUUUCUCAGGAACACGCAUCCCAGCGGCGGCCAUGGAUGUCCUAGAAGCUAUUCAGAACAAUGAUGCUGACCAAAAGACAGCUGCAUAAUCUAACAAGCCAAACUCUAGACCGGUUUUCAUAACACAGGCCCUCAAGUCUAAUUGAAGGGUCACGUUAUCUCAAAAAAUUCUGAAGUUUCUCCUGUGGCGUUACAAAGGGGAAUUUUCCCGUUUAAACUGAAAUCCCUCGAUAGUCAAAAUUUUCAGGCUCCCUUUAUCUUAAUAUUUUUGGGGUUACCCUUCCUAAAAAAACUCACCAAAUGUAAUGCGUUGCCGUCUCCCUUAAAUCCUCCCACUGCAUCAUUCUUUAUUGUUCCUCCUUUUAAGUGCUGAUUAAUGUAAUUAAGUUAUGACACCUUUUUACUGUAAAUACGAAAUGUAAAAAGAGCUCGUUAUCAACGCAUUUAUGUUAGUGAACUCGUACCCAGCGAUCUCUCAUUAGUUCCUUUUAUUGAUAGGCGCGCGGAGAGAGAUGGGUCGCCUUCCUUUGGAACUCUUGGUCGCGCGCGUACCUCCCUGACUCGUUCCAAUCUCUCUCUCGCUUUCAAAUAUCAAUAACUGAGACUAGGGAUAAGUUUAAACUUGAGGAGCACUCAGAGAGACUUCAAUGAUGUUAUGGAACUAUGAACAGACAAGCUAUUUCAGCGAAAAAACGAAGUCAGGAAUGAGUGAGAGACUAUUUUCUGCGCGGUAGGAAGAUGGAGAAGAUGGAGUAAAUGAAAAGGAGACUCAAAUGACAAUGCUACAAAAAGAAAACUUGUUAACAUUUCAUUCAUUCUUGUUUGUUUG